AUUUAUAUAUAGUGAUGGAGUUGACGAAAUUAAAUAGAAAUGGCGUCAGGUUCAGUGAGAGUGAGUUCACGGAGGAGGGGCGGUUCGUGGACGGCCCAGGAGAACAAGCUGUUCGAGAAGGCCCUGGCCCGGUUCGACCAGGACACGCCAGACCGGUGGCAGAACGUCGCCCGGGCGGUCGGCGGCGGGAAGUCUGCCGAAGAAGUGAAGAACCACUACGAUAUUCUUAUAGAGGAUCUCCGGCGAAUAGAAUCCGGCCACGUCCCCAUCCCCAACUACACCAUCCCCACUGCUCAAGAAGAACAAAGGCUUUUCAAGUAUCUCUACCAGUAGUCAAACAUCUGCACUUCAGAUUAUAUAUAUAUAUAUAUAGAUAUUAUGGAUGUCGUCUGCCUGGCUACAUAUAUAUCAGAUUAAUCUCAAGUUUUCACCAUUUGCAAUUAGUUCGUUUCACUUCGAAAAAACCCUACAAAAAUCUGAUGAAGGAUUACGGCAAUUUGACGUCAUUUUAUCAACACGGCGGUUUCAUUAUCCAAUCUUCUCCCUAAACAGUUUGACAGAGAAAAUGCUCUAAUUGGGCUUUCUGUGUGGGCCCAUUCAAAAGCUAGCCCAAUUUAUUCAAACUAUAAUCCCACCUACCAGCCGACAAAAGUCUAACGUGACGAUUUUUAUUUUUUUUUUAUA